AUGGAUGUGAGCGUGCGCGAGGCGUCAACUCGUCAGGUCAUCUUGCUACUGACGAUCGUCGCGUUGAUUAACCCAGAACACGCGCAUCACGCCACUCCGGCAAAUUACGGUUUCAGCCUGGCCAUCCUUUCGUCACGUCGCUACAGGAUCACGCAAGUGGCGCUCAGCGGUGAAGAAGCUGGGGGCGCUAGCGAGGAGGCUAUCGCGUUAACCGGUUAUCGUUAA